AUGCGACGGUUCGAAAAACCACAAUUGUCGGCCACAAGCAACAUCCUCUUCAAGCGGUGCGAGGGCCUAAAUGAGUUUCCUAGGAGGUCCCCCUCUAAGAAAAGCUUCCUCUUCAGUGAGACUCCGAGAAAACCUUCGGCCAACAGAUCCAUCUUCGACGAUGAGUCUCCGCCCGUGAUGAAUCGGACCAACAAAGCAAGGAAGCACAAGUUCGCACCUAUCUCUGAAACUGAGAAUUUGAGCGACAAAGGCCGUUGCAGCGAUGCCAUUGAUCAUCUACUUCAUGGAACAACGGCUCGGGCCAAAGAUGUCUCGAAGCUACAGGAUAUUCCGCCAUCCAAGACUGUGCAUCAAGCAGAGCCAGCGCAUGAGAACAGCCUUAGCCAAAUGGACGAACAGAUUGAUGUUCUUACUUUCAACGAUGAAGCUUCCCCAGCGGCGACAACUGUUCCAGAUGGUACAGCAGAUGCGGACAAAUCGCAGCAAGGAUCCGUGUGCGCGGGGACAGAUGGCGAGACCAGCUUGGACUUCUUUCUCGACGAUUCAAACACUAUCCUAAGCAGCUCCAGCGCUUCGACCGCCCCUGCAGGCUCGACUCAAGACGACGACAGCGUUCACGUUGACCGGGUUUUGCAACCUAAGAGUCAGGAACAGGUAAACCAAAACCUGAGCCGUCCGGCAAGGCCCGCUCAAGUGUCCACUGUGGACCUUACGGAUGCUCUAGGGAUGCUGGACUUGGACACAGAUCGCCGAGGCGAACAAGAAAAUAUUCUAUUCUCAACACCACCUACGACACCGGGGAAACAAGCCAAGCCAAAUAGGCUUUUGUCACCCUCGAAACGUGCGGCUCUGAUCCCAAAGACGCCUCAUCGCCCAUCUAUGGAUGCAUUUUGGGACCAGGAGGAUGUGAAUACUUGGAACGAGAAGCACUCUCCGCGAAAACUGAUCUUGCCGCCUGUACUCAAAAGUCCAGCAAAGCAGCCCCAGAGCCCCCGAAAGCAAGAGAGACGAGAUUUUGAGCUGAAAAGACAUGCGUUGGCUGAUGAAUUCCUGCGGGAACUGGACCAAUCCGUCACACAGGGUCAGAUUGGCCAGCUGGCAAAUUCAACAGGAGGUGUGAGGGUCACUUGGUCAAGGACUCUCAACACGACCGCCGGCCGAGCCAACUGGCGGCGAGAGAAGAUACGAUCACACAAUGAUGGAGCUGGCGAGGCGGAAUGCAAGUACUACCACCAUGCUUCCAUCGAACUAGCCGAAAAGGUCAUCAACGAUGAGGACAAGCUGCUGAACACGCUUGCGCAUGAGUUCUGUCACUUGGCUAACUUCAUGAUCACUGGCAUGACUAGCAAUCCUCAUGGCAAGGAGUUCAAGGCAUGGGCGUCCAAAUGCUCUCAGGCCUUUGGUGCGCGCGGAGUCAACGUGACCACCAAACAUAGCUACGAGAUCGACUUCAAGUACGUCUGGGAGUGCACCGCAUGCGGCAUCGAGGUGAAGCGUCACUCCAAAAGUGUUGACCCCAAAAAGCACCGGUGUGGAUCCUGCAAGAGCACUCUGAAGCAGACCAAGCCGACUCCGAGGGGUAGUGGGAAGCCCAGCGAGUAUCAGCUGUUUGUCAAGGAGCAGAUGAAGGUGGUGAAGGACGAGAACCCAGGGAUUGCACAGAAGGACGUGAUGAAGGCCGUUGCAGCCAAAUGGGCGAAGCGAGGGGAAGGCAGGUCGGCUGACAAGGUCGACGCAGAAGUCGAGGUUCUCGGAGCACGCAUCCUGGACCUCACGGUAUGA